ACCUACUUUGCAAAAACUAAUUUCAAGAUUAUUGUAGCACUGUGGUGUAUUGGAAUUUUUCGGACGUGUAGAUCAAAUCGCUUUUUGGUUUGUAGGAUUUUGUUAAAUAUCGCAACUUCAUAAAAUGUCAUUCCAAUCACCAAUGCCCAGCCGGGAGUUCCUUUGGGAUAUCUUUAGAAGAGUGGACAAAGACCGCAGUGGGUAUAUAUCGGCGGAUGAGCUGCAACAGGCUUUGUCAAAUGGCACCUGGAACCCAUUCAACCCAGAAACAGUAAGACUUAUGAUUGGUAUGUUUGACAAACAGAAUAGAGGUGUCAUAUCAUUUGAAGACUUUGGCGCGCUAUGGAAAUAUGUCACAGAUUGGCAAAAUUGCUUUCGCUCAUUUGAUAGAGAUAACUCUGGAAAUAUAGACAGGCAAGAACUGAAGAAUGCUCUCACAGCAUUUGGGUACCGGCUAUCUGAUGAGGUUGUGGGCAUUAUGGUCCAAAAAUUUGAUAGAUUUGGACGAGGCACAAUUUUGUUUGAUGAUUUCAUCCAAUGUUGUGUCACUUUAUAUACUUUGACUUCGGCAUUUCGUCAAUUUGACACUGAUCAAGAUGGAGUGAUCACCAUCCACUACGAACAGUUCUUGAAGAUGGUAUUCGGCCUAAAGUGCUGGCCAUAAACUCCGGGGUUUCAAUGUCGCGCCUCCAAGAUUGGGAACACCCCGACAUUUGUACGUGCAAACUUUCAACUACUUACCUUAAAAUACCCGAGUCGUACGUUUCUAUAUGUAGCUAAAAAUAAC